GGUGAAUAGAAACGAACCAUAAGUACUAUAUACAUAUCGCGAGUAAGAGAUAAACAAAAUGUUGCAUCAGUGAAUAAGUUAGAGAUACAAAAGUGUGGUGUUCUCAGCUAUUCUUUUAAUGUUUAGGCUGGCAAAUUGAAUCCCAUUGAUCUGCGGGAACUUAGAAUUUUACUAAUAAAAUUGUAUAUAAGAAUUAAAUACUAAUUAAUAGAAAAUAUAUCUGACGAAGUAAGAUAUAAUCAUAACACGGUUUGUAUACAAAAUGUGUCCGAAAACAUGUCAGUUUAGUACAGAAUCAUCGCGUCUUAUAUACUUAUAACGGUGUUUGUUAACGAUGUCUACAGCAGUGGAAUUGCAAGAUUCUUCUAAGAAUGAAGAAUCAGUAGAAAAUACUUUGCACCUCAAAGAACGUGCAGAAAGGAAUCGCCAAAAGGCACUGCUUUUAAGAAAAUCUAAGGUUGUUGCUCAUCCUUACUCCAAAGGAGAAAAUGGAGAUUCAACAAAUAAAAGUAGAACAAUAAAGGUACAGGGACAACGUGUCAUAGACAGUGGAGGUGGCUUUCUUAUAGAAGAAAAUGAUGAUUUAGAAGAACAAAUGUUAAAAAUAACAGCACACCCAGCUCCCAUUAUUACCGAUUUACCUCGUUGUGAUGAUUGUAAGAAUGAAUUUAAUGACUCUUAUUUACUGCAGACCUUUAAUUUAAGAGUAUGUGAUAUGUGCAGAGAUUCUCAGGGAAAACAUUCUUUAAUUACAAAAACUGAGGCUAAACAAGAAUAUUUAUUAAAAGAUUGUGAUUUUGAUAAAAGAGAACCUCCAUUGAAAUUUAUUACAAGGAAAAAUCCUCACAAUACAAAUUGGGGUGAAAUGAAAUUAUAUUUACAUUUGCAAGUGGAAGAGAGAGCGUUGGAAGUAUGGGGCUCAGAAGAAAAGUUGAUAAAGGAAAAGGAAUUACGUGAUCUUAAACGCGAAGGAACAAAAAUUAAAAAAUUUAACAAAAGGAUUAAACAAUUGAGAAUGCAAGUUAGAAGCUCAUUGUAUAAUAAAACAUCGAAAGCUACUCACACCCAUGAAUUUGGAGAAGACACAUACAAUGAGGAAGAUGAUAAUUAUACACACACCUGCACCACUUGUGGCUACGAAGAAACGUAUGAAAAAAUGUGAAUUUUAGAACUGUUAUAAAUUUUAUUAAAGUAUUCCAUUAGGCUGUGUUGUACUAUAGAAUAUGUUCUUUUCAUAUAAAGAAAAUUUUUUUUGCAUUCCAUGCAUGCACAUUGGAAAAAAAUCGAAAUUCGUCAUUUUUCGUGUCCUUUAUUUAUCAUCUAUUUUUCUUAUCGUUUUUUCUUUUUCUUAAAUACUUUUCAUUUGGAAUCAAGUGUAUUUGUACUCAAAUAAAAU